ACGACACACGACACUCACUGCAUCGGCAAACCCCGUGGAGUACCAGGUAAGAAGGAAUUCGCAAUGCCAGAAGAGGUAAUCGGGUAUAAAGAAGUGGUGCUGGUGCUGCUUUUCCUUCUUUUUUUAUGAUAAGUUUACCCCUACCAUUGAAUUUCAAGGCCCUAGGACAUUUUAUAUUGUAUGACUGAGUGGAGAUACGAGUUGCAUGAGAGUGCUUCCUACGAGUAACUCUUAGUAAAAUACAAAGAAAAUCCAGCAAAAGUAUAGAAAGAGGAUAGCUAUCUAGACUGAAAAUGGCGGCACCAGGAGGCAAGUUCUUCAUCGAGGAUAAAAUGGACAUACCAGCCAAACACCACGAGUCGUUUGAACAGCUAUGGGAGACGAAGUGGAAGAAGCCGGCCGAGAUGGGCGUAUACCCCUUCAUGUUCGGCACCGCCUCCGACUUCGAGCCCAUUGUCGCCGAAAUGGUCAAGAACAACAUGCGCGAGCCCUACGACUGGGACGCCUACGCCCGCACAUUCUUCCCUCAAGCUGAAAACCUCGCCUCCAUGGCCCGCGCAGCCGAAGCAAACGGCGAGAUAGAAAAGGCUUCAGAGUACUACCUCCGCUCCAGCGCCGUCUACCGCAUCGCCCGCUUCCCUGCCCCACGCAGCCCCGUCCAACGCGAAGCCUGGGCCAAAGGAAAAGAAGUCUGUCUCAAAGGUCUCUCCAUGCGCGAACAUCCCGUCCACGAAAUCCUCAUCCCGCACACGCACCGCAAUGAAUCCGACGGCCAGCACAUCCCCGUCUACCACCUCCUCCCCACCACCGCCUCCCCUUCCUCCCCCAUCCCCCUCCUCAUCAUCUUCACCGGCCUAGACGGCUACCGCACCGAACUCGCCGUCUGGAUGGAAGGCUUCCGCCGCAACGGCAUCGCCACGCUCGUCCUAGAAAUCCCAGGCACAGGCGAUUGUCCUGCCGACCCUUCCGAUCCCACCUCCCCAGACCGACUCUACUCCUCGCUUUUCGACUGGGUAGCCCAGCAGCCCGUCCUCGACGCCACCAAGACUGCUAUCUGGGCGUUUAGCACGGGGGGAUACUACGCCAUCCGCGUCGCGCACACGCACGCUGCGCGGCUCGCGGGCGUCGUAGCGCUGGGUGGCGGAUGCCACCACAUGUUCUCCCCCGCCUGGCUCGACAAAGUGAAUCACCUCGAGUACCCCUUCGAUCUCGCCGACACACUCGCGCACAAAUUCGGGUUCGGGACCGACGUCGCCCGGUUCAAAGAGGAGGCUAGCGCCAAGUUCUCGCUGCUGAAGGAUGGCACGCUGGAUAAAAAGGAGUGUGCGAGGUUGCUGCUUGUGAAUGGGACGGAGGAUGAGAUUUUCCCCAUUGAUGAUUAUUAUCUUGCGUUGCAGAGGGGGGAGCCCAAGGAGGCGAGGUUUGUGAGUGGGGUGAAGCAUAUGGGGGAGCCCGAGAGCUUUGGGGUGAUUAUGAGGUGGUUGUAUAGGUUGUGGGGGGUUGAGGCGGAUAUCGGGGCGCAGAUGGGGACGUUGAUGUUUAAGCCGAAAUAUUGAGGUGUAUGUGUUGAUAAGGUCAGAAGCCGCUUCGAAUCUAGAUGAAUUUUGCGAAACGAAAAUUCAAGGCGAAAUAAGUGUGAGAGCUUAAGUAAGAGUAGUGUUACUAGACAUUGUGUUCUUUGCCCUGUCAUGUGCAUUACAAAUUAUCCUACAUUUCUCAUCUUCCCCCCCCCGAGUCAGUCACUCUCCUUCAUUCACUUUCAUCCUCGAAAACAACAGCAAUACACGCUACCGUAGGGAUAUAAUGAGAGAAAAAAGAAACCUGGUAUCAUUGUUCCCAUUGUACCCCAAGAAAAAGAGAAGAAGCAGGAAAAGAAAAGUCCAAUACCUCC